AUGCCUCAAAUUCCAAACACUCCAGAAUCUUUGCUUCCUCGCUCAGAUUCUCGAAACCCAGCGACAACAUGUAGAGGCAUCACUUCCCAAGGUCGGCCCUGCCGCCGCUCUUUGGCAUCUCCAAAUCCAUCACCUGCUCCUAACCCCCGAAAGAGGGAUCCUCGCCAAGAAGCUAUAGAUGCAGCAUCCUUGUACUGCUGGCAGCACAAAGACCAAGAUACUUCGGCGAAUCCACCUACGAAUGGCAUCACCCCGGUCAAGACAAGGACAAGCAUCGAUACAUUAUUGGAUCGACUGGGUGUACUCCAGAUAAACGAUCCAGUCUCCUCGAAGCCAAAGCCUCCCCAUACAUAUCAAAGUAGGCCCAGUGAAAAGCGUCGGCGAAGGAAACACACAUUUUGCUGCUGCUUUCAGAUCGGAGAGGACAGCGGCGAGGAUGACAAGCCGACCUCAUUUCAGCCGAGACCGCCUCGCCCGGCUUAUGGCGUUCCGCCUUCUUCAAAUCAAAAUGUCGCACUGCCCGCCACAGCCGGAAGGCCGCAGCAUGCGCAAGUGCCACCAUCUUUGUCAGACAGGCCCUUAUCAUCGUGGAUCCCGUCUACGGUUCCCCCACAGACAGCAUCCAUUCUUAUUGCAGAACUGGCCAAACCAAUAUCCAGCGCCGACGACGAAGGCUAUAUCUACAUGUUCUGGUUGACACCCCCGACGACUACCACACAACGGAGCGCUGAAUCUGCGGUAGCGCGAGACAUAGCAUCUUCUCUACUACCGCAGGCCCCACAAAGCAGCAACAGCCUCCGCCCACCCACCCAGCCACGCAGUGUCAGCGACGCAAUCCGUGCAGCACAAGACAUGAACGCUCUCGCCUCCAACCCGACAUCAACCAAGCCGGGAACGCUCAGGCUGAAAAUUGGACGCACGAGCAAUGUGCACCGUCGGCUUGCUGAAUGGAGUAAACAGUGCUCAUAUGACUUGACCUUGAUCCGUUACUAUCCUUACACGCCAUCCCACCCUAGCCAGGAUAGCGCAUCUUUAGUACCGGGAAGGAAAGUCCCGCAUGUGCAUCGCGUGGAACGACUCAUUCACCUUGAGCUAGCGGCUCAGCGUAUACAGGAUUUAGGGCAGUGUCCCGAGUGUGGGAAGGAGCAUCGGGAGUGGUUCGAGGUCGAGGCGGAGAAGGAGUCGCUAAGGAGGGUGGAUGAGUGUAUCCGACGAUGGGUCGCAUGGGCUGAAUCGAUGCCUUGA